GGCGACCCUGAGCCGGGUGGACAGCGCUCGGAGUCGGCUGAGGAAGCUCAACUGGGAGCGCAUCCCCAAGGAGAAGGUCGAGGGGAGGAAGAGCGUGUGGAGCGGGGCGGCCCCCGGCGAGGAUGAGUUCCCUAUAGACCUCAGCUCUCUGGAUGAGCUGUUCGGGCAGAAGGAAAGCAAACCGAGGGACAGAACCAGCACCCUGAGGCGGCGGUCAGCGUUGAUGCGCUGUAGAUCCCCACAGGACCCUCCAGAGCAGAUUACUCUGUUGGACUCUAAACGCAGUAUGAACAUUGGAAUUUUUCUACGCCAGUUCAAGAUGCCUGCUAAAGAUAUAAUUAAAGACAUCAAGCAGGGUUCUGGAGACCACUAUGGAGCUGAAAAGCUUACCGAGCUCUGCAAGCUGCUGCCUGACAGUGAGGAGGAGGCUCGGCUGAGGAGGUUCAGUGGGGAGCGGAGCUUCCUCGGAGAGCCAGAUCUUUUUAUGCUGCUUUUAGUUGAGGUACCAAGUUUUCGGCUUCGUCUCGACGCCAUGAUCCUACGGCAGGAGUUUGACCCAGCUGUGACCUCUCUGUGUGUGGCAGCCAGAUGUCUCAGGGAGGCGGCGAGAGAACUACUGAGCUGUCCUGAAUUACACUCCAUCCUCCGUUUGGUGCUGAAAGCCGGGAACUAUAUGAAUGCUGGUGGAUACGCUGGGAAUGCUGCUGGAUUUCGAAUUUCAUCGCUUCUCAAACUGGCUGACACCAAAGCCAACAAGCCCGGCAUGAAUUUGCUGCAUUUUGUUGCCAUGGAAGCUGUGAAAAAAGACCAGAGUUUACUUUCAUUUCCCAGCCAACUAGGACAUGUCGGCUCUGCCUCCAGGUUGAGUGAAGAAGGUGUUCUGGACGACUUAUCAAAGCUAAGGAGCAGGGUGGCCACUCUCAGGGAAAAUGUGCAAACUGAGGCUGAAAUUCUGCAGCAGACCCAGUCUUUUCUGGAGAUGGCAGAAGAGCGUCUGAAGGAGGCAGACGAUGAAAUAGAAGGUAUGAGGAUGUCAAGUCAAGCUCUGGUGGAGUUCUUCUGCGAGGACGACAGCACUUUCAAACUAGAAGAGACCUGCAAAGUCUUCCAUUUGUUUUGCCAUCGUUUCCAAAGAGCCGUCAAGGAAAAUGAGGAGCGGGAGCUGAAAGAGCAGAAACGUCUGGAACGCCAGCGAGAGAUGUUGGAAAAGCGCCGCUCUCUGGCUGUGUGUACCGGACUCGACCUUAACCUGAGUCUUGCCAGAGAUCCUCCUCUCCAGGAGAACCAAGACGAGCUGGAGAAACUUUUAGAAAAGAACCUGAGUUACUCUUGGAGCCGUAGAAGUCUUAGAAGUUCCGAUUCCCGUAGAUACGCACACCACCUCCACAGCGCAGCCAUGCUCAAGAGCUUCCCCGUGUUGGGGAGCAGCCCGUCGUCGAGCAGCUAUCACUCCAACAGCUCCUCUGACCACGAGACCAGCGCCAUACUCUGCAGCUCGCCAGAGACCGACGGCACCUGCUCGCCCAUUGAAUCAGAUCCUCUCGUAGAAAAGGAGAGCAGAGGAACUAAUCGACAUCCUGUGGUAACGUUUAGUCCUCCUGAACACAAAGGUGGCUUCACAGUGAAGCAGCAUGCGCCUGAGAGCAUUUCUUAUGUGAUGGAAGGACAACGUAAGGCAACAGGACCUGAGAAAGAUCCACACUUUUCUGCUUUGAACGAUUCCAGCACACACUCUACUGUUUUAAACACUAGCCUACCAGCCCAGUGUGGUAAAAACCAGGCUUCUGCUUACAAGCAAAGGUUUGGCGUGACAGAAACGGACACAAAUUUUCCUACUGAGGGUGAAAGCGAAGCUUCUUGCAUCAGUGAUGCUGUGCAGCAGUCCAGUCAGAAUGUGCCUUCAGAAUGUGACACUGGGACUUUAAAACAUCUGAGAGAUGAUCCCAAACCACAGUCAUCUCAAGAAAAAAUACAACCACAGAAAACGGACAUUCCACUUCCUGAUGCAGCUUUAACUACAGAAGUGAGUUUUAUGCCUCUGGAGGAGAACUGGAUGCCCCCCAGUCUCCCGGAUUUCGGUCAACCACAGCCAGAGGAGGCUUUGGACUCGUCUCAGGCUGAGAAGGAGAUGGCAAAGUCUUACUCGCGUGUCGGGGAAACGCUGGAGUGCCACGCUUUGGUGAAGGGCCUCCGAUCCUACGAAGCCAUGUCACCCCCGACCUCUCCUCUCCCACGACCCACACCGAGCCUCUGCUCCAAGUGGAAGAAGGAGAGGGAGGUUGACCUCCGAGAGGGGGCGACUCCAGGUUCAAAGGAGGAGACCAGAACCAUGAAGGUCUCUUUCCGCAGCGGAAUAGGGGUCAAGAGGGGUCUUGUGGCGCGCAGAGCCUCCUCUAAUGGCUCGGGCUUUCCCACCAUGCGCUCCAAAACUGAGCCUUCAAGUGAGGCCUCAGUUCCUUCAAACACGCCCACUUCUACAAGGCUAUCAAUUCAGCGCAGCACGUCGGUGCGAUCACCUCCCGCAGCUCGGCCAACUCUCCUCCAGGCAGAAGUGAGGAGAAGUAGCAGCACGCGAGAGAGAGCAGGAAAUGAACCACAGACUCCCGGCAGAACCCCCCUGAACCAAAAGGCUUCAGACAGAGCCGUGUCAGACCAGCAAGCUCCUAGCAGCCAGCCCGCCUUCGUUCGAGGCGCUCCAAUGCGUGUGUCCAAACGUCUCGCCCCCAAGACGGAGACCCGGAUUCCCUCCCAGCCGCGCACGGUCAACAGCCCGUCAUCGGCCUCAGCGAAGACCAUACGAACGACUGUCAUUUCAGCUGCCCGCAAUAAAACUGCCAAAUCCACAAGCGUCUCUCCUGCUGGCUCCAAGAACCCAACAGCUACACGGAUACCUGGUCCCAAAAUGUCUCGAGCUGCUGCUGCUGCUCAGCCCCUGUGGAGGUGAUACAAAGUCUUCCCGGUGAAGUUUGCUCAGAUUCUUACAUGUGGUUUUUAAGCCUUGUCUCGGCUUAAGUGAACCGUUUUUUUUUUUGUAGUUUUGAGUACUUGAGGUUUAAACAUAUCUUAUGAAAAGCUGCACUGAGAGCACUGGGAGUAAUUAACAUCAACCUUAUGUGUUACAACGUAGUGGAAUCCUAUACAGUCUACCUCUUUUUUUUCCACUGGUUUCUGUCCUUUUGCAGGCAACGGGGCAACAAAAGAUGUCUUACUGGACCGGUUGACAUGUAGAUGAGCUAAAAUGCUUACUUCACCGUCUUUAAAUUCAACCACUCUUAAAUAUCUUUAGUCUGGAAGAAAAGUCUUUUUAGGAAGUAUCCCAAAUGUUUGCAAACACUGUGGCCUUUCCCUGGAGCGAUCAAUGUUGUCAAACGAAGCGCGGUACAAUAUUUAAUUCUUUGUUCUCUUAAGGGAAAGGCCUCAUCUUAAUGAAGCACUUUAAAAAUUCAGAGGGUGGCUAUAAGCGAUGGCCGUUGUUGACUUUUUACAUUUUUUUAAUGAAUAUCUUUUAACUUUAUUGAAUAGUAUGAUUUCACUGUAUUGUUUGGAGCUUUUGUAAACAAGAAAGGAAGAAUAAAAUUGUGAAAAGAAGUGUCACUUUGACU